AUGGAGCUCGUUGCUUUGGUCUCGUUGUCCUUAUUAUUGGGCGCUCUGGUGAUUUUGGUCGCUUUUGCCGUGGGGAAACGGAAAGCAGAACUACGAGACGAAGCCGGGCGGACGAACAAUUGUGCUGCUGAAGGCAUCGCGUUGAAGGGACCAGCGGCAAAGAAACCCAAGCAGGUGAAGCAGCAGCGCGGCCGUAAAGACAAAUCAUCACAACACAUCUUCAACCAUCCUCUAUUGGCCUCCUCGCUCAAGGGCCACAGUGGAAAUGUGACAUGCCUGGAUUUCAGUAGCAACGGAAAGUACUUGGCGUCGUGUGCUGACGACCGCACCGUGAGAAUAUGGAGUACUAAAGACUUCCUCGACCGAGAGCACAAGUGUCUGAGGGCCAACGUGGAGCUGGACCAUGCUACGCUGGUGCGCUUCAGCCCAGACUCCAGGGCAUUUAUCACCUGGCUCGCUUAUGGUGACACGAUCCGCGUCUUCAAAAUGAGCAAAAAGCAAGAAGGCAGCAUGAACUUCAAAGCGGUCUCCGAUGACUUCCCCAUUAAACACAAGGGCAGCAUCCUCAACAUCGGCAUUGCGGAGACUGGCAAGUUCAUCAUGAGCGCCUCCAUUGACACCAACAUUAACAUUUGGAACCUGAAAGGCGACAUACUGGCAUCUAUUAACACUAACCAGAUGACCAAUUCUUACGCUGCCAUCUCGCCAUGUGGCAGGUUUGUGGCAUCCUGCGGCUUCACGCCUGACGUCAAGGUGUGGGAGGUGUGCUUCGCAAAGACGGGCGAGUUUAAGGAGGUGAUGCGAGCCUUUGAGCUGAAAGGCCACUCUGCCGGAGUGCACGCAUUUGCCUUCUCCAAUGACUCUCACAGAAUGGUGACAGUGUCCAAAGACGGCACGUGGAAGUUGUGGAACACAAACGUCGAGUAUAAAAAGCAGCAAGACCCAUACCUGCUCAAGACUGUCCGCUGCGCGUCAUCCGACGGCAGCCUGGCGGCGCUGUCGCCCGACGGUCGGGUGGUUGCCAUCAGCGACGGCUGCGACGUGGCCAUGUACGACGCUUCCAGCGGCGAGCUGGAGGAGCAGCUGCUCGGCGUGCACAGCUUCAACAUCACGGACCUCCGCUUCGAUGUCACCGGGCGCUUUUUGGCGUGCAGUGGUGACAAGGCCAUCCGAGUAUUCCACAACGCCCCCGGCUACCGGGCGGCCAUCAGGGACAUGCAGGAUAUGCUGAAGAAGGCGCAGAAUCAAGGCAUGAAGCAGAGGCUGCAGCAGCAGAUCAGCGACGCGCAGAGUGCCCUUGAUGCCGCCCUGGCCACUCCCGUCCAAUAAGCAUGCCUGAACUCAGUUUGAUUGCCUUUCCAUGGAGUUUUAAUUAAAAAAAAUAUUUUUAUGCCAAACUGUA